AUGGCAGCUUUAAGAUUGAUCUACAACAAUCUAAUUCUAGCCCUUUCUCUAUACGCAUGUGGUCUACUUACAACCACAGCCAGUGCAGGAGGCCCUUCACAUGAGAAGGCUAGAGCUCAAAACUGGUUAAACCAUGGUGGUGAUCUGUCAAACCGGAGAUAUGCCAACAGAGAGACCAAGAUCAGCCCUAAAACUGCUUCCAAGCUAAGCUUGAAGUGGGAGUUCUACGCCGGCGACGAUAUAUCUGCAACUCCGGCAAUUUACGACGAUACCCUUUAUUUUCCGAGCUGGAAUGGGAACAUAUAUGCUGUUAAGGCUUCCAAUGGGUCUCUGGUUUGGCAGAAGAAUUUGCAUGCGUUAACUGGGCUUAACGCAUCUAGUUUUGUCGGUGUCAACUGGACAGUAUCAAGAUCGACGCCAACAAUCAUUGGUGGCCAUGAUCUUUUAAUUGUUGGAAUCUAUGGGCCUGCUAUUGUUAUUGCCCUUGAACGGUCAACGGGGAAGCUCAUAUGGUCAACUAUGCUUGAUACUCAUGAGGCAGGUCUUAUUACCAUGUCCGGAACUUACUACAAAGGGAGUUUAUACAUUGGAACGUCAUCACUAGAAGAAACCGUGAGCGCUGAGAAAUGUUGUACCUUUCGUGGCAGCCUUGCCAAAUUGGAUGCCAAAUCUGGUACCAUCUUAUGGCAGACCUUCAUGCUGCCCGACAAUCAUGGAAACUUAGGAAAUUAUUCCGGGGCAGCAAUCUGGGGCAGCAGUCCAUCCAUCGACGUCCAUAGAAAACAUGUAUAUAUCGCUACUGGGAACGUUUACUCAGUCCCUGAAAAUGUCAGCCAAUGCCAAGAAAAUCAGAAUAAUAAUAAUUCAACCAUACCCACUCAACCAGAUGCGUGUGUUGAGCCUCAAAACCAUGGCAACUCAAUCCUAGCCCUUGAUUUGGACGGUGGCGAUAUCAAGUGGUACCGCCAGUUAGGCGGCUACGAUGUGUGGUUCUUUGCGUGCUUCCUUAAUACUUCAACCUGCCCUCCUGGACCAAACGUGGAUGCCGACUUUGGGGAAGCACCAAUGAUGCUCAGUCCAUACGUCAAUGGAACCAAAAGAGAUAUAGUUGUUGCUGUCCAGAAAAGUGGGUUUGCUUGGGCUCUAGAUCGGAAUAACGGCAGCCUUGUGUGGUCAACGGAGGCUGGCCCUGGUGGCGUUGCAGGAGGAGGAAUGUGGGGAGCAGCUACCGACAUUAAGAAGGUGUACACCAACAUUGCUAACUCUGAUAACAAAAACUUUACCCUAAAACCAUCUACCAACAUAACAACUUGGGGUGGAUGGGUUGCGAUGGCUCCUGGCAAUGGAAAAAUCAUAUGGUCAACGGCCAAUCCCAGCAAUGCAACUUCUUCUGGCCCAGUUAGUGUGGCUAAUGGUGUCUUAUUUGCUGGAUCCACAAAUCCACAAGGCUCCAUAUACGCGAUGAACACCAAAACUGGAAAAAUUCUGUGGUCGAAUGAGACCGGAGCAACCGUGUACGGUGGUAUGUCAAUAAGCAAUGGCUGCAUUUACGUUGGCAGUGGAUAUAAACGUACGUAUAUUGCCGGAACCUCACUCUUUGCCUUCUGCGUCACAUAA